AUGAGCACCUCCGUCUUGGCCGCAGAUGCCGCAGACCACCACCAGCCCAUCGUUCUGGUCCCCCUUUACAUCUACCCUCUGCAGGAGGCAUGGGAGCCGCUAUUCAACUUGGCACUCGCCCUGCCCAACGUCUCAUUCGUCACCGUCAUCAAUCCCUGCAACGGCCCAGGUCCGGAUGCGCUGCCAGAUGCCAGCUAUUGCGACGUCCUGGACAGGCUGAAUUCGGUUCCCAACGUCCACUCGCUGGGCUACGUGCAUUGCACCUACGGCACACGCCCUCUUGACGCCAUCCAGGCUGACAUUGACACCUAUCGAGCCUGGAACGACAGGUUCCGGAUCGACGGGAUCUUCUUCGAUGAGACGCCCUCGGAUCCGAGCACCGGCUUGGACUUCAUGAUGGCCCUCUCGCAUCACACGAGAUCGACGUGGCAGCAGUCAUUGGACCGCCCGGGCCUGGUCGUCUACAAUCCCGGCGUCGUGGUUAGCCGUGCCUUCUUCGACGCCGCCGACUGGAUCGUCGUCUUUGAGCAGUCUCACGAGCACUGGUACUCGGCUGAGAUCCAGCAGAACCUGCAGGCCGUGCCGACCGAGCUGCGGAAAAAGUCGGUCGCCAUCGUGCACUCCCUAGACGACGAGGACGCCACUGAGCUCACCAACGAAAUAUGCGCUCAGGGCUUCGGCGGGAUUCAUUUAACGGAAGAGCUUGGCGGUGGUUACACAAAGUGGCCAGUCAUGUGGUCUACAGUCGCCCACGCCCUGACCGGGAAUUCGGAGUGA